GGAGUGGAAUCGAAUCGGACCCGAGUCUCAAAAAUGGCCGUGAGGCGAAUCGAAGUGAGAGCGCAGCUCGGAAAGGUUGCGUGCCGCUUCUUCAGCGAGACCGCCGCACAGCGAUGAAAUCGUAGGGCAGCUGCAUCCCAUCAGCGCCUCGCGUUCUCCGAGUGCUCGGCCCGUUUUUCCUCUUCGGCGACGAAGCAUGAAAGAGAAGCCGAACUCGACUCGUACCUAUGACGGGGACGGCUUUCGGCGAAGAGCAGCCUGCCUGUGCGUACGGAAGGAUGAAAGCGAGGUCCUGCUUGUUUCGAGCAGCAGCGCUCCCGACCGGUGGAUCGUGCCGGGCGGUGGCCUGGAACCCAACGAGGAACCCAGCACGGCGGCGAUGCGUGAGGUCAUGGAGGAGGGCGGUGUGCGCGGGCGUCUCGGACGAUGCCUCGGCACCUUCGAGGAAUGCGAGCAGAGGGUGUUGCUGAGAGGCAGUACCUUUGGCACGAAGUCCCCAGAUGAGAUGCAACUAAACUCGGAGAGGAAACACCGCACGAUGGUAUUUAUUUUGGAAGUCACAGAGGAGCUUGAGGAAUGGGAGGACUCCAAGAACAUAGGUCGCAAGCGGAAGUGGUUCCCCAUCGACGAAGCGUUGCGCGUCCUCUCCGUUUCAAAGCCUGUACAGUGCAAUUACGUUAAGCUGCUCAUGAAGAACGACAAGGUGCCAUGACCUUCAUGGCCACCUUAGUGUUGUUCGUUUUUUUUUUCCAACCCGUCUCCUUCACCACACCUCGUCCCGUUAUCGCUCGGGUUUCUUUUUUUUUUUUCUUUGCCCAUCCGACAGUCGUCGUUACAUGAGACUAACCAUAAAACGAGAAAAACUAAACACACCAACUUCGUAUACACGUGCUUAAUGAAUUUCUUCUUUGAUCCCUUGAGUUAUUUCCGAUGGAGCGUGGUUUAGUGUAUGGCUGAUCUGUUGCAUCGGUCAAGCCUGUUUGUGCCACCUCACCGGAGUGCACCUAAAAAAAACAGAAUCGGUGUUGACUUGAUAUAAUGUGUUGCAAGCUUCCACAGCUGUUAUACUCUGAAGCACACAAAUUGAAUAAGCCUGUUAUUGAGUGUCCGAAUUAACUUUGGACCUCGGGUGCAUGUGGCGCCAUCAUGCUGUGAGCUUUUGUAAGAUACUACAGCUUGUACUCAGAUCAGUCAGUCAAAGUUCCAGUUUGGUAUCGGUGCCUCCGCAGUUUCAGUGCAGUGCUAUAGUCAAGCGCAACCUUGCAUUGGAAGAGAUUAGGAAAGAAAAACUUGUGCGUAUCUAGCUGGAGGAGUUUAUGAGCCCUAAUGUAAAGAUACUUCAAAAUUUCGAGAAGUCUCCGAAGUCCAGAAAACUUUGGUGGAGUUCUUUUCCUGUUUCAGCAAUGUUCCUUUUACAAACAAUGCCAAAUAAAUGUGUUGCUAUUUCAUUCAGCUGAAGUGUUUUCAGACGGACAGACCCUUUUAAUCUUGGAAGUGAUAUGUCGUGACGGUAAGUUUACUGUCGUGUCCUUGUCAAAACAGUUGUGUACACAUGUUACACGAUGUAGAGAUCUUGGGGCAGAAAUAUCGCAGAAUAGCAUAGAGAGAAUCGCAAUUAUGUGGUUGGACAUUCCAGAUUUUCUGGGUUUUUUUUCACUUGAAGAAUGAAAGCUCGUAAAAUUCCACAUCCACAAUUACGAACAUGAAAUCAUGUGCAGCGUGUCAGAUUCGAAAAGUUGGCCCUGAAGUACAGUAGCAUUGGAGUUUGAGGCACGGCCCUCACGAAGAGAAAAUAAUUUCAAACUCCCACAUUUCGUUUUUGGCGCAAGCGGGCUCGACUGUAUUAGCAUGCGUGACUAACAUAAAUUUCUGAUUUCAUACCAAGAUAGUGAUAAUAUUCAGCUCCUUCACAUUUUCAGAAAUGUCUAACGACGUCAUUGGCAAGGGACAGUGAAAGACGACAUAAACAAAUACUGACUUGCACCUUAUGUUUAUUUUGAAAGAACAGUGGCGAUAUGUAGCUCGGAAAAUCAUGCAUGCAUGCUGCAAGCUGGAACCAGUCCAAAAGAAUAAUAAUGUCAAUAAUAUAUAGAAAGAAUGAAUUGCGUUAUUAGCAGUAAAGAUUUGCCUUUAUGUUCUUUGAAGAAAAAUUUCCAUUGAGUGUCUGUAAUUGUUUGUCAUCCUGCGACUUGCCGUUUGCACUGUUUAGUUUUCUGUAAAGAUGUACGAACUCGUAACAGCCAAACUGCGUCUUCUUCACUAAUAUCGUGCAUCCAUAAACUUCAGUUGUCGUUGUGUGCUCACGUUUCUGUUCAGUACACUGAAACACUCAUUGUACGGGCUGUCGGAUAUGGCGUGGAGAAAAAAAAAAUGAGAAAGCCUCUCCUAUAUCUGAUGGGCACGAAAGUGAAAAAAAAAAAAAGAACGAAGGAGAAAGAGAGAAAAGCUUUUGUGCCUGUGAAUAUGUAUGUGUGUGUCUGUGUAAAAGUGUGGCGAGUGCAAGAGACCGUUGGCGAUACUUAUUACGGAAAGAGCGGCGUAUUACAAUUGCGCGACAGUCCGUCGUCUGUGGGCGGGGGAAGGUGGGGGCAGUUGUGUGCAGAAUGCAAGUGAGAAUGUCUCCUAGCGGAAGUCUACAUCAUCGGGGUGAAGGCCAAGUUGAAGUGAAGUCAAUAUUUUGUUGCUCCCGAUUGCGACGGCCAAUUUCGAGAAACUGAAAACGAUUCAGUCUCGCUUCGUUAUCUUAUUUAGGGACAAGAACUUCGGGCCCUACUCUUCUUGUUUUUCCAUUUUUAUUUUAACCACAAACAUCAGCCACUUGGACUGGGCUGCACGUCAAAAAUGCGUCGUUUUGUACGUCUUUGUGUUUGAAAGAACGCUGAUGUCAUUACCUCGUUUUCUCAGAGGCCCUUGUCAAGUGUUACGCAAGCUCCGUUCACUACUGGAAAUAGAGGAAUGACCAAAGGCUCUCGCAGUGUCUUAAUGAAAUUGACAUUCUUUACCAACUAUACCUUUAACUUACAAAUGCACUGUUGCGCGUUUUCAAGUAGUAGUGAUUUCCGACGUAAGCUUAGGUCAAAGUAGUAGCUCAAGGCGACAUUGGCAUCGCGAUUUGCCGAUUUUCGAUGGCGUUUGGGGAUGCCUCCGUAAUGUAAUUUUACAGGAAGCUGCCUUUUUUUGUACGCAACUCGUCAUGUACAGUCUGCUUCAAAGAUGAGGACUGCUGUUGAGAGAGGCACUUUGCCUCUUCCAACGGCACGAGGUCGAAUAGUUAACGGUUGAUAGUUAACGAGUCAACAUUGCCACCACAGAGAUUUGAAUGGGCGUUGCGGAAACGGUUGUUGCGGAGUGAAUGCUUUCGGAUUGUCUGUGCAAAAUGUCCGUGACAACUUCGUUAAUUUUUUUUUCCUGAGUGUGUACGUGUGUGUGCGUUAGCAGCCCUUCCCUGCUUAUUUUAAUUUUUUUCUCGUCUGCCUCGGACAUUGCAAACGUUUGCUGCUCCAGACAUAAACACGCCCUCCCGGAAACGAUGGUCGUUUUUACACGAGAAGAGCCGUUCUGUGUCGCCUACGCUUGUUUUUCCUCGAGCUGUGUUCUCUCCCGGCCAAACGAAUAAAAAAAAAAUCUUAACGCUGUGCCGUGGCUGUUGGGCAUGGGAGCAAAGAAAAAAACGACUUGGAACACAUUCAGGUUGAUAUCUCAUUAAACGGUUGAUUCGGUGA